AUUGGUAAUACUGGUUAGUAGGAUUGUACCAGUUCUGCCGCAGCAGUCCGAAUCGUCGACAUGACGACGAAUAAAAAUAAUUACGAUAUUUCACCCGAGCAGUUGAGGCUCGAAAUUAAAAGAAAUGCUCGGCGAAAUGAACUUCGUCAGGAGUUGCAAAAGAUUGCCGGAAAUCCGUACCGAGCUGGAACAGGCGAAGGAGGUGCUCCGUUUGAUGCAGGACUACAGCGAUUUAUGGCAGCGAGAGCAAAAACCUAUGAAUAUUUUAGGCCUACUCUGAAAGGUGGUCUGCAGUACUAUGCAGCAAUAUGGACACCCAUCCUGUUCUUCACUUGGCUAGUGAAAAGGGACAGGGACAGGAAAGAGCACCGAUUUCGUACUGGUCAGGUCAGCUAUGCUGACAGAGAAUUCAAGUUUGCUUAAACAUAUUAAAUUAGCAAACGAUAGUAAUAAUUACCUUGUAAUAUAUCAACAACAAUGUAAAGAAUAUCAACAUUGAUAAUAAUAAUAAUGAUAUUGUAACCUA